AUGAUUCAACUAAAGACAUUACUCAACUGCAUCGACAACUCGGGCGCCUCGGUCGUCGAGUGCGUCAACGUUCUCAAGAAGAAGCGGCCCGCGACAAUCGGUGACCGAAUCGUUGUGGUCGUUCAGAAGCAGAGAGCCGCCACAUCGGAAGGAUCUAGCGGCACAGCCCUCGCCAACAAGGUCCGCCGCGGAGAUAUUCGCCAUGCUGUUGUGGUGCGGGUGAAGAAGGAGUUGCAGCGGGCUGAUGGUACAGUCGUUCGGUUCGGAGACAAUGCGUGUGUUCUGGUGAAUAAGUCCGGAGAUCCCAUUGGGACGAGAAUGAACGGCGUUGUGGGCCAAGAGCUGCGCGGCAAACAAUGGUCCAAGAUCCUGUCGCUGGCUCCUAUCAAUGUGUAA